GAGUGAGAUCUGCUGCAUCUGGUACACUUACGUGAUCGCGCGGUUCCCGGGGAUGCAACCUCAAAUUUAACAUCGGUUUCGUUAACGCACUGACAUUAGAUCACGACGCCGGGGCCGACGAAACGAUUGUCGAGGAUUGGCCUGAUUCACCAUGGCUGAGCAGCAGAGGCAGCGCAGUCUCUCCACGUCCGGAGAAUCUCUCUAUCAUGUGCUGGGGGUCGAUAAAGUGGCCACCGUCGAUGACAUCAAGAAGUCAUACCGGAAACUGGCAUUGAAGUAUCACCCUGACAAGAACCCUGACAACCCCGAGGCGGCUGAUAAGUUUAAAGAGAUAAACAAUGCUCAUGCCAUCCUCAACGACCCGACAAAGAGAAACAUCUAUGACAAGUACGGCUCGCUGGGACUUUAUGUGGCUGAACAGUUUGGAGAAGAGAACGUCAACACUUACUUCGUUCUGUCCAGCUGGUGGGCCAAGGCUCUGUUUAUUUUCUGCGGUCUGGCUACAGGCUGCUACUUCUGCUGUUGCCUCUGCUGCUGCUGUAACUGCUGCUGUGGGAAGUGUAAACCACGGCCACCCGAUAGACCGGACCCAGAGUUUUACGUCUCCCCUGAAGACCUAGAGGCCCAACUGCAGUCUGAUGAGAGAGAGACAGUCGGUGGUGAACCUAUUGUGUUGCAGCCUUCUUCUGCCACAGAAACCACCCAGCUAACGUCUGACGGGUACCAUACUACCUACCACACCGAUACCGGCUUCAACUAAAACAGCCAUUCUCUUAGCCUCCACCACGUGGUUUGUCUAGCGCCAUCCCUCCAAUGGGAAAAAUGAAUGAAAAGAAUCCUUCAACUACAACUAAAAAAAAAAGCCUGUUUUUAGAGGAGGAAAGCCAGCGAUGGAGCUGAAUUGUUUAGCGUAUCCUGUCCCUUAUUCACACAACCACUUCCAUCACCCACGCAAGAUCCGCCUCACAGUACCGUAGCUUAAAAAAAAAGCUUAA